AUGUACUUGACUGAGGAAUAUCUUCCCCCACCUCCAAAACCAUCUGUGGUAACUCUUCAACCUGUAAUGGCAGUUAAUAUAAGAGGUCCAAUGCCUUCUGUAGCACCUGUAAUGGUAGUACCACCUGUAAUGAUGGCUCCUCGUCCUGCAAGCUUCAUGCCUGGGCCUCAUGCACCACAUGUUCCAAGAGUUAUGGUCCUUCAGCCACCUCAGUCAGCAGCCCCUCUAGACCACCACCACCUGGUCCUCCAAUGGGUGUGGUUGGUGUGGACAAAGAUGAUGAAGGACCUGCUACAAAGAGGACAUGAACAGAAGAAACACUUGUUCCAGAAGAAGAUUGGACGCCAGAACCCAUCCACAACUAAUAGACUCAAGAGGACAAGACACCCACCAUGUCCUGACCCCAUCAGACGCCAGCACCCAUCCACAACUAAUAGACUCCUGGGGAUAAGACACCCACCAUGUCCUGACCCCAACAUAUACCAGCACCCAUCCACAACUAAUAGACUCCUGGGUAUAAGACACCCACCAUGUCCUGACCUUUACAGAUGCCAGCACCCAUCCACAACUAAUAGACUCCUGGGGACAAGAAACACACCAUGUCUUGACCCCAGCAGAUGUCAGCACCCAUCCAUAACUAAUAGAGUCCUAGGUAUAAGACACCCACCAUGCCCUUACCCCAACACACGCCAGCACCCAUCCGCAACUAAUAGACUCAAGAGGACAAGACACACACCAUGCCCUCACCCUAUCAGACACAAGCACCCAUCCACAACUAAUAGACUCAAGAAGACAAGACACCCACCAUGCCCUGACCCCAACGGAAGCCAUCACCCCUCCACCACUAAUAGACUCAAGGGGACAAGACACCCACCAUGCCCUGACCCCAACAGAAUCCAUCACCCCUCCACCACUAAUAGACUCAAGGGGACAAGACACCCACCAUGCCCUUACCCCAACGGAAGUCAUCACCCCUCCACAACUAAUAGACUGCAGGGACAAGACACCCACCAUGCCUUGACCCCAACACAGAAUCCAUCACCCCUCCACCACUAA